AUGACCCAAUGUCCUGAUUAUGCCGAAUAUUCGAAGCAUUUUCAUGAUCCUGGCAGUGGUGGCGCUUUGAAUCUUCCUUUUCAACGACCGAUGGAAGCUUGUCGUCGAUUCACUAGCAGCGUGAUUGAAUCUGUCAUUGAUACCGUUACAGCUAAAAUUGCAGAUUUGGAUUUGGCACGAUUGUUCACCAAUGCAUAUCCUAAUACACUUGAUACCACCAUUGCGCAAGUCGCAUGUCUCAAUACUACCCGAGCUUCAUGUACCCCAUUAUCCUUCGUUAUUACAGGUGACAUCAACGCCAUGUGGCUUCGAGAUUCUGCCAACCAGCUGUUACCCUACCUCGAUUAUGUGAAACAAGAUUUAUCUUUGAAGCGUCUAUUCCUCGGAGCCAUUUAUCUUCAAGCACAAUUUAUCAAUUUGGACCCUUACGCAAACGCUUUUUCCGAGCCUCGAUCUCUUGCGGUCGGCAGUAUGGGAAAGCGGGCAGUGCACUUGAAGCCCGGUGUAUUCGAGUAUAAAUGGGAGGUCGAUUCAUUAGCCUCCUUCUUGGGACUAUCAUAUCAGUAUUGGCACGCCACAGGAGAUGAUACAUUUGUCAACUCGACCUCAUGGAUGACAGCAGUGGAAAGCGUGAUCAAGGUCAUUCAUCAGGAACAAGAACCAACAUUUGACAGUGUCACUGGUACUCCCUUACCUACGUACUACACAUUCUCGCAAACCACCGACCGACCAACGGAAACCCAGUUUUUGAACGGUCGCGGCAAUCCUACCCGACGGACCGGGCUGAUCAAGAGCCUGUUCCGACCUUCGGACGAUGCUACUAUCUUUCCCUUUUUUAUUCCUGGAAACGCCAUGAUGUCGGUCGAGCUCGCUCAUCUUGCAGAAGUACUGGAAAAGAGUCGGUAUGGAAACAAGAUCCUUGCCAACGAGGCCAGUCGAUUAUCCACAGAAAUUAGAAAUGCCAUUUACAAGUACGGCGUCGUACGUCACCCAGACGUCGGAGAAUGCUUCGCAUAUGAAGUCGACGGUUACGGCUCUUCGUUGAUUAUGGAUGACGCCAACGUACCUUCACUUCUAUCUCUGAGUUGGUUGGGAUUCGUGAACGAAACCGAUCCCAUAUACCAAAACACCCGGCGGUUAGUUCUUUCCAAUGCAAAUCCCUACUAUUUCUCGGGACCUCGAGGUGCUGGCAUUGGCGGACCUCAUGUUGGACUCAGCCACGCUUGGCCAAUGUCACAGAUUGUUCGUAUCUUGACCUCUACCAAUGAUACAGAAAUUAUUGAAGCGUUAAAAAUCAUCCUUCAUUCGACGGACGAUACCGGGCUAAUCCACGAAUCCUUUAAUGUCUUUGAUGAUGAUAAUCCAUACACACGUUCAUGGUUUGGUUGGGCCAACGGUUUGUUUGGACAAGCGAUACUCAAAAUUUACAACGAAAGGCCGCAUAUACUUUCGACUCACUUUACCUAA